AUGCUCGAGAGCGACGAGAACGUCCCACCGCGCGCGCGCGCCGUCCCCGGAACGUCCUCGCAGACGCCCACGAGGCUAUCGCUGCAAAAGUCGUUAGGAAACGCUCGAGUGGUCACGCCCUUCGACGCGCGCAGGGCGACGCGCGCGAUCGUCGGCGCGGACGUGGUGACGUUCGAUGACAUCACGGCGAUGAUUCGCGACGCGUCGACGGGCGAGCGCGAUCCGAAAACGGGAGCGCAGGUUGGCGUGGACGUCGACGCGUUCGCGCGCGCGCUCGAGCGACGCGCGAGCGAAGGACACCGAGAGAAGAAAACAGAGGCCGUCACGAGCGAUGCGCUGAUGGAAUUGGCCCGGGAACUCUUGCCGGAGUACGGCGGUGGGACGGAACGUGGGAAAGUUGGGGUUGAAGCGGCGCCGAGCGCGCGAGCGGUCGGAGCGCGCGAGACGCGGGACGCGGGACGCGCGACGCGAGAGAUGGAAGAGGUGGAUCGGACGCAGAACGCGAGCGGUGCGUUGACAGCGGCGUCGGAAACGUUGGCGAGCGUGCGAGCGGAGAACGAGUCUUUGCGCGCGGCGCUGGCAAAGACGCGCGCGGCGAACGAGGAUUUGCGGCGCUGCGCCGAAAGCGCGGAAGCGAGGGAGAACGAGGCGCGCGCGGCGCUGCGCGAGUGCAUGAUCUCUUUACACCACGAGAGUGUCGGUCGUGAGCGGCUGCGCGUAGAGUUGACGAAGGCAAACGAGGAGUUGCAGAGGUGUCGCGAGAGCGCCGAGAGCGCCGUCGCGACAGAGUUAGCAUUGGAGGCGAGAAUAAAGCAUUUGAGAAACGGUGAUCUCGUAUCAGCCCUCCGAGAGCGGCUGAUCGAGAGUCAAAACGAGCUUAAAGCCGAAAUUAAGGCGAGCGACAUGGCUCGACGACGUUUUGCCAGGGAGAAGAUGAGGAUUGAUAGCUUUGUCAUGCGUCUGCGCGACAAGGCGAGAACGCUCGGCAUUUGCCUCGAGCUGUUGGAAGUCGACGACGACGCUAGCGCCUCCGAGUCCGACGACUAG